ACUCGGCGAUAUUGCAACAUGCGCAGGUAUCUAUCGGCGCUCGGUGGCGUGAUAGUGGUGGUUCCAAAUUAUCGGGUCGGAUCGCUCGCCUUCGUCAGCUCCGGUGACGACAGCGACGAAGACGAACCUGGCAACCUAGCUCUGUUGGACCAACGGAUGGCGCUGGAGUGGGUGCGCUCGCACAUCGACGACUUCGACGGCGACCCCGGCAGCAUUGUGGUCGCAGGAGCCGGAUCUGGGGCUUCUUCGCUGGCGCUGCACCUCCUGAGCCCCGAAGCGCAGGGCACAAUGAUGGACCUGAGGCGCUUCAUGCUGCACAGCCCAUCGGUCUUCGGCCCUUUCGCCGACCAGAGCGUGCCCAGACAGUCCCAGCAGAACCUGGUUCCCCUGGCUCGCAGCGUAGGCUGCACCGGCAGCGGCACGCCUGAGCUCCUUCGCUGCCUGCGCACAUUAUCAGCCGGCACGCUCGCGAGGCUAGAGCCCGGACCGGGUGGGCCAUUCGAGCCCACGUUCGAGAGCCAGUACCUUCCGGACUCACCAUCCGGCCUGCUCCUCAAGAUACCUCCUUUUCGAAAGCAGGCACGUGGCACAGUGCUGAUGGGCAACGUGGCGGACGAAGGCCUCCAGGAGUUCAGUUCUUUCAACGAAACCCUGCCCACCGGCCUCUCUCCGGACACAGUGCUGCACAAAUUCCUACCCAGGGAGCUCGCCAAGCACGGCGUGCACGACGCGAAAGCGUUGCUGCGUGUUUACCUCAAUGACACGACAGGGCUAUCGUGGGACGAGACGCAGAGCUUAGUGUCUCACCUGCUCGGUGACCUCCUUUACGUGUGUCCCACUACCUUCCUGGCGCAGUACCUGAGCUGGGGAUUCGAAAACCAGGUGUACACUUUUCGGAUGAGUCAGCGGUUGUCGUACAUUGCCACAAACACUAUGACUCGGUACGAAGACGUCGACCUUGUGUUCGGCCGGCCACUGCGUCAACCGGGAGCCACGGAGGCUGAAAAAAGCCUCAGCCGGGAGAUUAUUCGAGCUUGGAGCAAUUUCGCAAAGUUCGGAAACCUGCCCGUGGUGAAUGAUAGCUCGUCCGGGACCACCAUCGAGUGGCCGGCUCACUCGGACAGCGAGCACGCCACGGUCGACAUCAGCGCCUCCGGAUUCAGCCUCGUUCCCGACGAGCACUGGGGUCACUGUUUCCAGCUGCGGGCUCUGGCGGCCGCCGACGUCGUCUAAAAACUAACCCCCCGCGACCUCGACUCGCAAAUGGUCGGCUUGUCGCGGAACUUUGCUUUGGCGAGCCCAUACGCCAAUGUGGAGCGCUGAUGGCUUAGCGGCCGACAGCGCCUCGGGCUUGUUUCCUUCUGUUUUUUGAGCAUACGCGUUUUGAAUACGACUACGGAGAGAUGCGGUUUAGACUUCCUUCUAAAGAGUGAAUCGAACGCCGCACGCGGCACGAGCGCCAUCGCCCGACUGCCUCGCGCGACAUACACGUAGUUCCACGUUUUCUAUCCAUACCGCCGAGCGCGCUGCUCCAGGCGUAAUGUUGCGCGCUAGAUUUGAUUUCGGCAUUCUCUAAUGCUGCACGUGUAUAAACAUGCCUUACGAUG